AUGGCGAGGGAAUUCAACGUGCCGCCUGUGGUCUUCCCGUCCAACGAUGGAAAUCCCAGCGUCCAGAGUCAGCGGCGGAGCCCUAACGUGGCCCCGAGCUUUCAGCAGCCUAGCCCUGCGAACGCGGGCGCCAGCACCGAUAUUCCCUUCAUGUCCUUUGACAUUGGGUCGGCCUCCGCGUCCUCCUCGUUCUCCGGCCCCGUCUUCGCCGGGAGCAUCUACGCCCCCGGAGGUGCAUCCUUUUUUGAAGAGGAGCCGCCUCUGCUCGAAGAGCUGGGCAUCAACACCCGGCAGAUAUGGCGCAAGACAAAAUCGAUCCUGAAUCCUAUCCGUGUGAAUGCGAGUCUACACGAGGACGCCGAUCUUUCAGGUCCCUUUCUGUUCCUCAUGGCCUUUGGCCUCUUCCAGCUCCUAGCGGGGAAGCUCCACUUUGGGAUAAUCCUAGGAUGGGUCACCGUCGUGGCCUUCUUCCUCUACGUCGUGUUCAACAUGCUGGCAGGUCGCAACGGGAACUUGGAUCUCUAUCGCUGUGUGAGCCUCAUUGGAUAUUGUAUGCUGCCAAUAGUCAUAUUCUCGGGUCUUGCUUUAGUUUUACCGCAAAGAGGUGUCGCAAUUUUUGCGAUGGAAGCAGCUUUUGUUCUGUGGUCGACGAGAACAUGCACAAAGCUUCUUCUUGAUCUAGCAUCUUGUGGUGAUGAGCAUCGUGGGCUGUUAGCGUACGCCUGCUUCCUAAUCUACACACUGUUUUCACUGCUAGUCAUAUUUUGA